GGUUGCUGUGGACUUGUUGGGCCAAAUGGCCUGUUUCUAUACUGUAAGGAAUCUAAUAUAAUCAACAUUAAGAGGCAGCAGCACCAAAUGCCUAAGUGGGGAUUAUAAUGACUGAUGCACAGAGGAAGGCUGUAGGAUUUUGGAGGAGGAGUCAAGCCUGCAGUGACAGCAGGAGAGCGGGCAAGUUGACAAAUGCUGAACAAUUGAGAUGUGUGAGGGGGUGGAUUAGCUAAUCAGAGGAAAGAGAGGAAAAGAAAAAGGAAGGAAACAGGAAAUGGAAGGAAUGAACUCAGCAUUAGAAACCUGAGCAAAAAUAGAAUGAAGUUAUAGAUUAGACUGGGAUGGCAAGAAAUGAAAUACAUGGGGAACAGAGAGGAGCUAACAGGUUCAAAUUGAAUUUGAAAUAAACAGCUAUGUGCAGUUAUUGUAGUGAAAAUGAGUUGAUGUAGUUCAGUAGAAAUUGAUAUUACAACGAACUGAAGAUCAGGACAAGUACUGUCAAAGAAAUGGAAAUACGGUUGUGGAUUGAAAGCAGUUACUAUGGUGACAUGAGGAAUGCACUGGUGAUCGAGCCCAGUCCCAGUAGAGCAUCGACAAGGCAAAGGAGUACAUGUUGAAUGAAGUAUAGAGGAUCAGAGGGACAUUGGUGUGCAUGUCCAUAGAUUCUUGAAGGCAGCAGGACAGGUAGAUAGGAAGGAUAAGAAGGCACAUGGGAUGUUUGCCUUGGUUGGUCAAGGCCUUGAUGGUUAUGAUGGAGUCACAUUAGUUAAGCCACAGCUGGAAUAUUGCAUGCAAUUCUGGCUGCCACACAAUACAAAGGAUGUGAUUGCAAUAGAGAGGGUGCAAAAUAUGUAGGAUGUUGCCUGGCUGGAGUGAGUUGGGUGUGGAGAAACACUACGUAGGCUGGGGUUAUUUCUCUGAGAGCAGAGAAGGCUGAGGGGGAUCUGAUUGAGUUGUACAAAGUUCUUCCGCUCUCAUUCCUGUUCUACUGAGACAGUGUAAAGUUUAUUCCUGUAGAUUGUCCAUCUCAGUUACACAAGUGUAACGAUCCACUCCAGUCAGCUGGAGGGAGGUAGUUAUAUUGAAGUCAGUCCCUUUGGGUUGCAGAGUAGAAAGUCCCAGGAAUGCAGGUGUGGUGAGAAUAUGGUGCAAUCAGCAAAAAGCUGUGUGUGGGGACGGGGUGGUGACAGGCCUGUCAGGAAAAACCAAUCACUGAGGGCCUUGCAAAACAUUACCUGACUCAGUUUAACUUCCUGGAAGAGAAAUAACUCGGUGGGCAUGUAUUGGAGCUACUGAGAGCUUGGGACCAGACAAACUGGUCUUGCAACUUGAUCUGGUUUCCCGGCUGGGAGAGAGAUGGCCUCACCUAAACUUAGAAAGUAUGGAAUAACACCUACAGCACAGAAUAAUCCCAAGGAAACUCUAGUCUUCUUUGACCUGGAAACCACUGGCCUAGGAAGAUAUUGCGAUAUAGUGCAGCUGUCGGCAGUGAGUGGUGAGAAGAUAUUCAACAAGUAUAUCGUGCCUAAAAAACCUAUGUCAAAGCGAGCUGAAAAAGUUACUGGAAUACAGGUCAUAGAUGGAAUUUUGUACCUGAAAGGAAAAUCUCAGACAACCUGCAGUCUCCAGGAUGCCAUGACAGCUUUCCUCAAGUUCCUGCAGUCACUGGACAGGCCUCUGUUAAUAGGUCACAAUAUCUGGAGAUUUGAUAGCCCAAUUAUUCUGAGAGCCUGGAAAAGGUUGUCCAUGAAAGAUCAAUUUGAUGGAUGUGUGACUGGAUUCCUGGAUACGUUAUGGCUGGCCAAGGAAGUUAUUCCCAGGUCAGAGGUCAGCAGCUAUCGUCAAUGUCAUCUAGUGCAAGCCAUUAUUGGGGAAGAUUAUGAAGCUCAUAAUGCUAUUGAAGAUGUAAAGAGCUUGCAGAAGCUGUACACUGCUCUUGAAUUUACUCCAGAGCAGAAGCAGAAAAGUCAGUUUUCUCUCUGUCAUCUUGAAAGUGGUGUCUCCCCCAGAAAGAAAAAGGAAACAACAUUAAACCAGUAAAUCUUGGAAAUGAAUGUGCUGGAGCUCCAUUUUGAUGUUGACAAGGACCAGUAUGUCUCAUUCGCCAGUUUUACUGUUUUUUUUUCUCUUCUGGAAAUAGCCUCUUGUUGAUUAUAAGGAACUAUUCUUUAGGCUUUCUUAACUACGAAGGGCUAUGAAGUCUAAGUCUUUAAGCCUAUUCAAGAUGGAGAUGGUGAUUUCUAAUCUUUAAGGGAAUCAAAGAUUAUGGAAUAAAGCAGGAAAGGAUUAUCAGAUCAGCCAUGACCUUACUGAUGGUGGGCUAAAUGGCCUCCUUCUGCUCAUAUAGUCACUCUGAUAAACUUGUGGUGUGGAGCUGCUGGUGUUGGACUGAAGUGGACAAAGUCAGAAGUCACAAAACACUAGAUUAUAGUCCAACAGGUUUA